UGUAGAGGAGAUUAACAGCGAUUGACGAUCGAUCGAUCGUGGAGGGAAGGUGGAGAAGGAGGGAAGCUAAAUGCCAGUUAAAAGAAAGGCGAGGAAGGAGGGUUAGAGGUGGAAAAGUGGUCGCGAUAGGAGGAGGGAGGCGGUGAGGAAGGAGAGGAAUGGGUGCCGGGAUGGGCAGGAGCGGCACGAGCGGCGGCUUCCUCGAGGCACUUCCCACGGGAACGCCGCUCCACGUGGCCAUGCUAGGCCUCGACAGCGCGGGGAAAACCACCGCGUUGUAUCGACUCAAGUUCGACCAAUACCUGAACACAGUGCCCACUAUUGGCUUCAACUGCGAGAGGAUCCGUGGUGGCAUCGGCAAAGCGAAAGGUGUGAAUUUUCUCGUAUGGGACGUGGGCGGGCAAGAGAAAUUACGACCAUUGUGGAAGUCUUACACCAGAUGCACCGAUGGUAUUAUCUUCGUGGUCGACUCUUGCGACGCGGAACGGCUCGAGGAGGCCAAAAUGGAGCUGACCAGAACGGCGAGGAGCCCGGAUAACGCCGGUGUGCCCAUUCUGAUCCUAGCCAACAAGCAGGAUCUGCCAGGUGCCAAGGAGGUGGGCGAGUUGGAGAAGCACCUUGGCGUCCUGGAAUUGGCAGGGAUGCCGGGGAGCGCGUGCAUCAGAGUGCAACCGGCCUGCGCGAUCACCGGCGAGGGGCUGCACGAGGGUUUGGACACGCUCUAUCAGCUGAUACUGAAGCGGCGCAAGCUCGCGAAGCUGAACAGGAAGCGGGCCAGGUAGGCCAGGGCCUCGGAGGACUGCACGUGCGUCUUCUGAUUUUGUAAGUCGCGGACAGUCUCUCCUUCGGGCACAGCCACGCCUUCCACGGUGUCUUCUUCCUCCCCGUCGCGCUGCGACGCCGAGGUGCUCGAGUGAACAACGCAUCAACGAACGUGGAUUGGAGAAACGAGGAUCGUUUCGAUUCUUCUUGGAAUCUUCUUCUGCGCGAUUGUGCCGGUUCGCGCCCUCGUUUUCGAAACUGAUCGGAAACUGGAUGAGGAGAGGAAUCCUGCCUCUCGAUACGAGAUCUCACCUCGUUCCAAGGAUGCGCAAAGACGGAAUGCCCUCCCUGGCUGGGAAUUUCACACGAGCGAGGUUGUUCUCGCCUGGUUUAUUUUUUAACCGCCGAAGUUUAACGGCGGUGAAACGAAGAGGAGGAUACUGUUCUCUCCAGCGGGGAGGAGGGAAAUGAAUAAUCUAGGAAAAUUUUCUUUCGGAUCGAUCCACUCGCUGUAUCGCGAGGGAUGGUGAAGCGGAUGAUGUGACGACAACGAAUCAAGUGCUUCUUCGGUGAUACAGAGAAGCGAUCUAUUUUGCCAAAAUUUUCCAAACGAACCGGACUUUUCCUCGAGGGAAAAACUCUUUUAACGAUCCCUCGGCUUGUCGGGUCGGACGAGCUCUCCGUUCCUUUUCACCGGCCGUCAUGGAAAACGCGCGGCGUUUCUCUUUUUUCUUAGCUCCAACGGAUUUUCGCGAUAACGAGGCCUCGUCGUCGCCGAUAACAACGACGUCGAAUCAUCGUAUUAAUAACGCUGACGCGGGCCCGGGUCAAGGAGGAGAGG